AGUUUGGCUCGACGCGACGAACCUUGGAACUCUGAGUUCCAUCGCCGAACCAGCGUUUUGUUUUUGUUUCUCCCCAUUUCACCUGACGUUUCACCCAAAUCGGCAGCGACAGCUGCUUUGACCUCGGCCAAUGUCCGAUGGAAACACGGAGGAGGUUUGGGAGGAGAUGGAUACGAGGUCCCGGUCGCAGGAUUCGGGGGGCGAGUAUAGCGACGGCAAUGAGGCGGAAGACGAGAACUUGCAGAACUUGGCCCCGGAGGCCCAGUUCGAGGCCGCGGUGCGGAACCACGGCCUCGAGCGGUUCCUGGAACUGAACCCGGACACCUUCGAGCAGACAGAGUUCCCUACUGCCAUUGUCAAAGCGGUCCAGGAGAUGUGGCAGACGUGGACAAGCGGCCCCGAAGGAAGGGAGGCCCGGGGCGAAGCCUUCUACACCCAGCUCUUCGACGCGGCGCCCAGUUUGCAGAUCGUGUUCAAGAGCCCCAAGGCCGUGAUGGCCAUGCGUUUCAUGACGGGCUUGGGUAGUCUCAUCUCGGUGAUGGGGAAGCCCAGUGCGCUCUUCACCACCGUGGAGGGUAUGGGCUUCAGGCACUUGGACAUUGACGUCACCGGUGUCAGAGCAGGUUUCUUUCGUGAAGCCUUGAUGGAUACCAUCGAUGAAGGCCUCGGUGAGAAUUUCACCCUCCUGGCGAGGGUGGGCAUACAUGCCCUGCUGAACUAUGCAGGCAGCGCCUUUUGCUUCGUGCGCCGGGAGUACGCGGGGCGCAUCAGCACCAUCUUGAAGAGCUGGAGCAUCGUGCAAAAGGCGAACAUCGAGGAGGUCGAGGUGAACGCCGAGGGCGAGGAGUCAGGGGAAAUCGAGAACGCGGAAGUGGAACAUGUGGAGAAUGUCAAGGUAGAGGAGAGCAUGCAGGACACUAAGACGUCGGGGGCCACAAUGAACCGCGAAUCCGGCGAGAAGGAGAACAGAGAGAUGAAGGUGCCCACCACCUUCAACGAGAUGCUCCUCUUCAACGCCUCGGUGAUGGGCUUCGGGUCCAGCAGCUGGAUGAACAUCGUGCUGGUGCAGUGGGACGACAUCGUGAAGAACGUCGCCAACUUCUCCCGGCUGCAGGAGGAGUGCGACGUCAUGUCCCUGGUCCUCGCCAAGUACAAGGGCAAGAUCGAGCUGCCGGAGUUCAAAGCGGUGACGUUGGCUUCCUUGCGGUCCCUUCUCCCUCAGGAGUGGGACUCGGACCAUGAAGUCGCCUGGGGAUGGCUUUGGGAAAACGUGGAGGGCCUGCUGAAGAACAUGCUAGGCAAGCCCAAGUUGCAAGAGCACGCCUUGGAGCGGUUCUUUGGGAAUUUGCCGCCGGAGGAAGCCGUGAUGCUGCAGAGGCAGUUGUUUCCCGCCUUCUUUGAGCUGGCGCCCGCUGGGCAGGACUUUUUGAAGCAGUCGGCCACCCGAAUCAACUUCAUCGCGGACAAAGUUCUGGCAAUGAGUUUGGAGAUGUACCGGUCUCCGCGGCGCAUGGUGGAAGAGAUCUCUGCAGUGGGCUUGCGGCACGUGGGCUACGCCGUGCCUACGGAGAUGUUCCCGCCCUUUGUGAGCGCCUCAGUGGCCCUGAUGCAGCGCUUCACCACCGAAGAGCUGGUAGUGCAGGCCUUCCGCUGGUCCCUGGCGUUGAUCGCCAAGAUCCUGGUGAGGACCAUCUCGGAGGGAUCCACUCUGGUGAUGAAGGCCAUCAACACCAACCAGAAGAGCACAUUGAAGAAGGCGAUGGAUGUUUGUCCGCGAGGUCAACGGGCCAGCGAGCUGCUGAGCAUCUCCGUGGGCACACAGUCCAUCUCGCCCUUCUAUUGGUCCAUCGACAGCGGUGCGCUCGUGUGCGCUCAGACCAUUCUGGAAGACCUGCUGACCAUCCGCGCGGACCGGGAUGUCUACUACUACGGGUGCGACCACCUCUUCACGCGACACCCGGAAGUGAUCCAGCGCCUCUGCCUGUCGGCCCCGACGUUGCUGCCGACCUUGCUGGAUGGGCUCAUUUGGCGCUCCCGCCAAACCAAGGAAGGCAUGCGGCGUGUCAACUAUUACGUCAAGCACUUGAUCCAGGACCUCGAAGGCAAUGUGAGCCCGAACCUCGAAUGCCUCGUGACCCAUGGGGAUCCUCAGACCAUCCGCUUCCCCGCGGUGGUCCUCUUCUCCGACAUCUUGUGGUCGCGGGUGGCCAGCUACAAGUUCCUGGCCUCCAAGAUUUACUUCCUGGUGAUUUUGGCGGUCUUCAUCACGGGGCAGUGCGCCCUGUUCCGGCACACCGGGCCACAGACCCUGGAGGAGGACGUCGUAAUGCUGACCUGCCGCUCCAUCAACUACCUCGGCUCCCUGCCGAAGCUCUUCAUCAGUCAGAUUAAGCACUUCUUUGCGGACAUCAGGAAUGGAGACAUCGGCCGGGUGUGCGGGCUGCCCAUCCCCACUUACCUGCUGAACUUCCAAGAGUCCGCUAGCUUGAUGCUGCUCUGCAUCUUGGUGAUCAUGGCGCUGCAGGAGCCGUUCUUCUGGUGCCUCAGUGAAAACUACGGGGUGACCCAGAGCUGCAAAGCCGCAGAGGAGCGUAAGGACUUCUAUUCCGUGUGCGCCUUCCUGGCCAUGAUGCUCUACUGGGGGCUCCUGACCGACCUGGCCAUCUUCUCCAUGAAGAUCUCCAGCUACGUCUUGGUCUGUGGCCGCGUGGCCGGCGAGGUCGGCCUCUUCCUGAUCGCUUUGAUCUUCCUUCUCUUGGCGUUCAGCACGGCCAUCAGCGCUUUGUACUACGAGAUGCCGGAAAAAGCCGGCGCAGCGGUGUGGUUGGAGGAGUUAACUUCGAUGAGCCUCAGGAUGUAUCCGCAAGACUCUUACCAAUGGCUGGUUUCCAGCUCAGUCAUCAUUACGGUCCCUGUUUGCAUCUUCCUCUUUAUCGUCUUCAUCUUUAUGGCCAACCUGCUGGUGGCUCAACUGGCUCAGUCCUACCACGAUGCCUAUUCAAACAUGCAGGGGUAUGCGCGACUGAACCGCGCCAGCAUUACCGCGACCACGGUGCAGGCGGUACCCCGCAAGAAGUGGAGCGCCUUUUUGAGCAGCCUGCGCUUGGACGAACAGCUGGAGUUCAACGAGGGCGACGUGGGGUUGUCCGGCGGCAUCCAAGUGCAAGAGCACGCGAAUGCGCACCCUGUGACCGAGGACAUCAUCAAGCGCUUCGGCGGCUCCACGGCUCCUUCGGCGCCCUGGCCCAGGGAAAUCGCGAUGGAGGAGGAGGAGGAGGACAAGCUGGGCAAACUGGAGAAGCGGCUGGCCAAAAUGGUCAAGUCUCAAACCAAGCGCCGGCGAGAGGGCAGCACCUCCGAAGGAAGCAGCGGGCCCUCCAUGGGCAGCAGCAAAACCUCGGAAUGAGCCGCUCGAACGUUCGAGCAGUCGACUCAGGAGUUCCAACGAGUCGGUCCCCCAGGGCACCUGUUACCG